AAAGUCCCACGUGACCGGCGGCGCGCGGAGCCCAUCAUGGCGUCUCCCAGCGGCUGCCGGCCCCAGCCCGGCGGGCAGGGCGGCGGGGCCGGGCCCGGGCCGGGGGCUCUGCGGGGCGCCGAGGAGGACGCCGAAGGGCUGUACGUGGCGGUGGAGCGGUGCCCGCUUUGUAACACCACCCGCCGCCGCCUCACCUGCGCCAAGUGCGUCCAGAGCGGCGACUUCGUCUUCUUCGACGGCCGCGACUCCGAGAGGUUUUCAGACAAGAAAGAAAGGCUGAUGCAUCUUAAAACCAAACAGAGGGAAUUCCAAAAACAUGUUUUGAAGGCCAUGGAAGGGAAGGAGAUAACUGAUCAGCUGAGAUGGAAAAUAAUGUCUUGCAAGAUGAGGAUUGAGCAGCUGAAACAGACCAUUUGCAAAGAAAAUGAUGAAACGACAAGAUACGCCGAGGGGCUUCUGAGAAUUAAAGAGGAGAACCAGAAGCAUUAUCGCAGGGCUCAGCGGCAUCAGGAGAAGAAAGAGAAGAUCCAGAGGCAUAACCGCAAGCUGGGAGACCUGGUGGAGAAAAAAACCUACGACUUGAAAACCCAGUACGAGCACCUGGCAAACCUUCGUCGGACGCAUAUCCUGGAGCUGACGUCAGUCAUAUUUCCCAUUGAAGAAGUAAAGACAAGCAUGAGAGAUCCUGCAGACGUGUCUUCUGAGAGCGACAACGCCAUGACCUCGAGCACUGUGAGCAAGCUCGCGGAAGCCAGGAGAACCACGUAUCUCUCGGGGAGAUGGGUGUGCGAUGAUCACAACGGGGACACCAGUAUCGGUAUCACAGGGCCUUGGAUAACCCUUCCUAAUAACGGAGAUUAUUCAGCGUAUUACAACUGGGUGGAAGAGAAGAAGACGACGCAAGGGCCAGACAUGGAACAUAAUAACCCUGCUUAUACCAUCAGUGCUGCUUUGUGCUAUGCAACUCAGCUCGUUAACACUUUGUCUCUCAUACUUGACGUAAAUCUUCCCAAGAAGCUCUGCAACAGCGAGUUCUGUGGAGAGAAUCUCAGCAGACACAGGUUCAUGCGGGCAGUGAAGAAGCUGAAUGCGAAUAUCCUUCACCUUUGCUUCUCUCAGCACGUCAAUUUAGACCUGUUGCACCCGCUGCAUACACUCAGGAACCUCAUGUACCUGGUCAGCCCAGACACGGAGAACUUGGGCAGGUCCGGCCCUUUUGAAAUCAGCGCCGACCUCGAAGACUCCAUGGAAUUUGUGGACCCCAGCGCCACCGGCGAGACGGAUGAGAGCGGCGACGAGCGCGUCAGCGACGAAGAGACGGACCUGGGGACGGACUGGGAGAACCUGCCGAGCCCCAGGUUCUGCGACAUCCCCUCCCAGCAGGCGGAGAUGCUGCAGAGCCAGAGCACGCAGGCGUCCCAGCCCAUCGCCAGCAGCAGCGCCGGGGGAAUGAUCUCGUCCGCCGCCGCCUCGGUCACCUCCUGGCUCAAGGCGUACACGGGACAUCGCUAACCAGCGAGGGAAAAGGCUCGGAGGAGCCGAUGCUAUAGUACAAACCUUACAUAUUCAGUUUAAGUAGUGCCUGGAACAAAGAAAAGGUCAGACUUUCAUUUUGUAAACCAGAAAAGAAAUACCACCAAACCCAAACGUUUUUAUUUAACCAAGAUGACUGUGAUGGUACCGUUUUUGUAAAUUAGCUAGCUACGUGCUCCUGACGGGCUCUGCGAUGGCACUUUGUGUCCUGGUCCUGUGUCUGUCUGCGUUAUUACCGAGGAAGAAGGACCUGGCAGCCUCCAGCUCUGCUUUCUGAAGCAGCAGCAGCUUGUGGAGGGUUUGGAUCGGGAUGAAGGCUGCUCGCUGUGCAGCCCGGACAGCCGUGCAAAUGCACUUCACGUUUUAACUCCGUACAGGGUUUUCAUUUGUGUGUGUUUUAAAUCUGUCUUGCAUCAUGCAAAACUGCGUAUUUCUAAAUUUUUCUUCAUUCAGGACAUGAAAAUGAUGCAUUUUUAACAUGUUUUCUAAUCUCUGUUGCCAUAUUUUUAAUACAAAGAAUCAGCAUGGACGGGAAUUCUCACAGCGAAUUGCUCUUUAGAUUUGGUUGUGAAUGAGUUUUGCUGUAGAAAAGUGGCUUGUUUCAUGCUGUUUCCACCGGUUGAUAGUCUGGAAGCUCCGUGUCGUGCUGUUUGAAGCACACAGGCUCUUUACUCUUAAUAUCACACACCAAAGAAACACUGGACGUUCUCUUGGCUAGACCCACAUUUGACACCGAUACAGGAUUGCGUUGUUGCAAUAAUAUUGAUCAGUUACGCCACCACAUUGCCGCUUUUCUUAAUACUAGAAAAACCUCAUUUCAUGCUAUUUUAGUGAAGUCACGCGUUCUCCACACUACAUGUAUUUUAAACCCGGUUUUAUUUUGUGUUUAUGGUGGGGUUUAUGUUGUUCUUUUGUUUAGUGAAUGCCACCAAGUCGGUUUCAUUUCGCUGCAGCUCCUUCUUUUUGGCCUGGGGGAUGGAAAUCUAUGGUCAGUAGUUUCUUUUUUGUUUUAAAACCAAAGAUCCUUAAUUCCACGCAUUGUUCUAUGGAGACACCCUCGGUUCUACCAUUCUUUUGGUCUAAGGGGCUACAUCAAUCUUUUCACCAGGGGCCACAUCAACCUCUUGGUUACCUUCAGAGGGCCAAAUGUCAUCUUAGGACUGGAUAAAUGGAGGAGUAGUUACAUUUAUACAGACCCAAAAUUACAUUUGGCCCUUUGAAGGCAACCGAGAGGCUGCUGUGGUCCCCAGGGAAAAUGGGUUUGGCACAGGGUGUUUCAAAAAGAUGGACCCAAUUUGAAAUCACUGCCUUUUGAAACUGGGUCCAGCUUUUCAAAACACCCUGUAAAUCCAGCAGUUGGGUUUAAGGGAUCAGCCAAGACUCCCUUGACUAUGGUGAUGGGCUGGGAGGGUUUAGUCUCUGCUCAGUUCAUGGCAUUUUACUCGCAGCUAUUGGACCCGUUGCAGUUCUAAGCAACCAGCACACACCAGUGCUAUAUACUGGGUAUACUGGGCUCUUAGCGUUGCACAGCUCCUUCUGCUCCCCAUUAAUUCUGCACUGGACCCCACCAUAUAAAUCUUCCUUUUCUUUAUUAAUAUACAUUUCAGUCACUCUUUCAUUGCUGCCUUUGUGCUACUUUGAACCCCUAAAGGCCAGGCCGUGAUUCUAUUUGUGCACUGUCAUUUAGGGGUAAAACGAAACCCAACAAACCCGCCACCAUCACAAAAACCUUUUUAAAGCCAUAUACUUCAUAACCAUGUUUUCCAAAUAAUUUAUUAGCAACCAUGUCACAUUCUGAAAGUGCACAAGGGCACUGCGAGGGGGUUCAAAGACGCGUCGGGGUCUUUUCACGCAUUGUUUUUUGUACAGAAUACGGAUUGUGGUUUGUUUGUUUCUUUUCAAAGUGUUUUGCACACGUGUGGCUGAGGAAGAAUCGUGUGUGUCCAAACCUCGAGUGCAAUCGCCAGGAUUAGUUUUCCAGGUUUGUUUUGGGGGCAGGGGAGGGAAUAUCUGUAAUUAUAGAUAUUUGAUGACAGCCAGCCGAGGGUUUUACAAAACACUUUGCGUAGCAUGAACGCGGGAAUUUCAGUUUAGGCCUCGGCUUUUGUCCGUGACGGGUGACCUGGGGUGGCCAAUUGGAGCUGCUGAGGAAGAGCCUCAAAAUCGGGGACCUCAAUGGGAUGGGACACCCGGGGUCGCUCGUCACCCACAAAAUCUCAGCGCCUCUCUCUGCAACUUCCGAACUAGAUGUAACUAAACACAAAUGGUUUUGUUUUUCUAAAUUUUAUUGUAUUAUUGCAAUAAAUCUUUAACAGUA